GCGAGCGAGCGUGUCCGUGACUGUCUUUCAGUCAAACCCUCUGUUUAUCAGCUCUCAUGUGGAUGUGAACACUUUAUUUAAUACUUUUGGGAGCAAAGUUACUAUGAGCAGUGAACUCAGUGUGCCAAUGGGUUCCCCAGCUCAGGGGUGCUCAGACAGGCUGCAGGAUGGUGGCGGAAUGGAUUACAGAGAUUGGGUUCGACGCAGCUAUCUGGAGCUGGUCACCUCCAAUCACCACUCUGUCCAGGCUCUCUCAUGGAGAAAACUUUACCUCAGCAGGGCAAAGCUCAAAGCCUCCAGUCGAACCUCAGCCCUGCUGUCAGGCUUUGCAAUGGUGGCCAUGGUGGAGGUGCAACUUGAGAUGCAGUACAACUACCCACGAGCCCUUCUUAUCGCCUUCAGCGUCUGCACCACUGUGCUGGUUGCUGUCCACCUCUUCGCGUUACUCAUCAGUACCUGCAUCUUGCCCAAUGUCGAAGCCGUUAGCAACAUCCACAACCUCAACUCCGUCUCCGAAUCUCCCCACGAGAGAAUGCACCAUUAUAUUGAGCUCGCCUGGGGCUUUUCCACCGCCCUGGGAAUCCUUUUGUUCCUGGCAGAGGUGGUGCUCCUCUGCUGGAUAAAGUUCUUGCCAGUUGACUCUGGAGCACAAUACACGUCAGUCCUGGCAGCCCUGAAGCAGAACUGUAGCACCCCUGCUGUUCAACCCGGGCACAGCGGGUGGCAAGCAGCCUUGGCCUCCACCAUCAUCAUGGUCCCCGUUGGAUUAAUCUUUGUGGUGUUCACCAUUCACUUCUACCACUCACUAGUGCGGCACAAAACAGAGCGGCACCACCAGGAGAUCGAGGAAUUGCACAAGAUCAAGGUGCAGCUUGAUGGCCAUGAGCGUGGCAUUCAAGCAGUGUGAGAUCUGGCCAUGCUCUUUCGGCAGUGUUUCAUUGCUUGACUCUUCAAAAUUUCAAGCACAUUAUAUCCCUUCUUCUUUUUGAGUUUUUUGAGAGGAGAUGCUUUGUUGCCUGGUGGAAGGAUUGACAUUUAGAAACUGAGAAAUCUUUUCAGAAAAGAGGGAAAUUUCUACAGCAAGGGCUAUUUAUUUAUAUUUCUUUAGGCUGUAGAUUGUUUGGAGUGGUCUUUAUGUGCCAUUUUCUGUUUUCCUACCUCUACAAAAUGAAUGUCAUAUAGCAUCGUGGUUUAAUGUCAUUAGCCUGUUUUGUGUUUAUUGGACACUUCCUGAGCAAGCCUGGAGCAAUUUUGUGCCAUAUAUAAAUUAGGCCGAAUGAAUGUGAAUGUGUCUUGGUUCCAUUAUGGAUCAGAGCAACUCUACAGAGAGUCACUGCCAGCAAAUUUGACUGGAAUUUACAGCUUUUAUAAUAGACAUGCCUAUAUGUGCUUCAGUUUGAUGAAAAAAUGUAAUAAAAAAGGAUGCUGCACGCGCUGGGUCAAUCUCACAAAGAAAUGUCCAGGUCAUAUUUUAUCUUAGUCAAAAGAAAUGUAAGACUAUUUAGGACCAUCAAAGGGAUAGUUCACCCCAAAAGGAAAAUUCUCUCAUUAUAUAUUCACCCUCUUUCCAUCUCAGUUGUCUGACUUUCUUUCUUCACCAGAACACAUUUGAAGAAAAUUAAAAAAAUAUCUCUGUUCAGUAGGUCCUUAAAAUAUAAUUGGAUGGUGAUUUGACUUUUGAAGCUUCAAAAAGAACAGACAGUCAGCAUAAUCGUCAUCCAUACGACUCAAUAAAGCGACACAAUAGCUUUUGGUGCGAAAAAGAUAUGUAUUAAAUAACCAAAAAAAAUUAAAUAAAUUUUAACUCUAAAUCAUGCUUCCGUUCUGCAGUGGUUUUUGGCAUUUGAAGCAUGUGAGAACUGACGCACGUGCGUCACAGCCGAAAGAGCAGCGUUGUUUACAACGGAGUAGGAGGAACGCUGUACAGUAGCAUGGUUAGCUUUGGUUUAGAUCUGUAUUUAUCAGUUUCUUUACUCACAGUGGUGCAUUUGUGUGCUGCUCCUGGAUGUCUCAGCUAAGCGGAGAACGUGAGAUUACGUCUGUAUCAUGGCAACGCGAAUACGUCACGAGCAGAGGUGGAAAGUAAUGAAUUACAACUACUCUUGUUAUAUUACUUGAGUAAAUUUGUCAAAUUUUUCUACUUUAAGUAUAAUUAAAUAAUAGUUUUUUAAAUUUACUUGUUUAUUAAAAAUUAAGUAUCCAACAGUUAUUUUUCACCACAAUUACAAAAUACAAAUAAAUAAAUAAUAUUUCAGAAUUUUUGUGAAGAAAUUUAUAAGCACUAAAUCUGUCUAUAAACUAAAACGCGCUGUGUGCGCACAUGACGGAAGCCCACAGUGCACAGCAUCAUGAGGAGCUUGCAUAAACUGCCGCCGGUGUCCUCUCUUCACUAGAUUCUUUGAGAUUUUCUGUCCUGUUACUUUACAAGAACUGUAAUACUGAGAUUUUGUGCAUAUUUCAUUUUAGUCUGGAAAGGAGUCUUUUAUUUUACACAUAUUGCUACUAUAUGUGUAAAAAAAUUUUUUUAAAUACCUUAGGAAGAUACAAUGCCGAUAGUGUAGAAAAUUAACAAAAUAUGGAGGUAAAAAAUGCCCACGCCAUGAGUUCCUGUGUUUUAUUAAUAAUAUCUAUAUACACUCACCUAAAGGAUUAUUAGGAACACCAUACUAAUACUGUGUUUGACCCCCUUUCGCCUUCAGAACUGCCUUAAUUCUACGUGGCAUUGAUUCAACAAGGUGCUGAAAGCAUUCUUUAGAAAUGUUGGCCCAUAUUGAUAGGAUAGCAUCUUGCAGUUGAUGGAGAUUUGUGGGAUGCACAUCCAGGGCACGAAGCUCCCGUUCCACCACAUCCCAAAGAUGCUCUAUUGGGUUGAGAUCUGGUGACUGUGGGGGCCAUUUUAGUACAGUGAACUCAUUGUCAUGUUCAAAAACCAAUUUGAAAUGAUUCGAGCUUUGUGACAUGGUGCAUUAUCCUGCUGGAAGUAGCCAUCAGAGGAUGGGUACAUGGUGGCCAUAAAGGGAUGGACAUGGUCAGAAACAAUGCUCAGGUAGGCAGUGGCAUUUAAACGAUGCCCAAUUGGCACUAAGGGGCCUAAAGUGUGCCAAGAAAACAUCCCCCACACAAUUACACCACCACCACCAGCCUGCACAGUGGUAACAAGGCAUGGUGGAUCCAUGUUCUCAUUCUGUUUACGACAAAUUCUGACUCUACCAUCUGAAUGUCUCAACAGAAAUUGAGACUCAUCAGACCAGGCAACAUUUUUCCAGUCUUCAACUGUCCAAUUUUGGUGAGCUCUUGCAAAUUGUAGCCUCUUUUUCCUAUUUGUAGUGGAGAUGAGUGGUACCCAGUGGGGUCUUCUGCUGUUGUAGCCCAUCCGCCUCAAGGUUGUGCGUGUUGUGGCUUCACAAAUGCUUUGCUGCAUACCUCGGUUGUAACGAGUGGUUAUUUCAGGCAAAGUUGCUCUUCUAUCAGCUUGAAUCAGUCGGCCCAUUCUCCUCUGACCUCUAACAUCAACAAGGCAUUUUCACCCACAGGACU